GUUUUUUGUCAGCAUUAAACAAAGCAAAAGAAAGCGGUAAAACUUUGAGAAAGAACCCUAACUGGCAUAGGAAUCAGUUAAUAUCCAAAGCUUCUGGUGUCGGAGAGGACAGAAUUUAGAUGUGCAGCUGAGGCUUUCGAGUCACAUUUGGUACACUGGUUGGAGGAGGACUGAAGGAAGGGUCAUUUGAAGAAGGAUUGCUGUGGUGAUUGUUGCAGAGUAUCAGCUGCUGAAGAAAGGAAAGAGAUGGAAUCCUUAGCAAAGAGCAGAAUGGAUGACCUGCUAUCUGCUGAGGUUGGAAAGCAUGAUUAUGAUUGGCUUCUCACUCCUCCUGGAACUCCUGUUUCUUCCUACUCUGACAAGCAAACAUCCAAGGUGACACCAAGGAGCAGAUCCAAUGCUAGAUCUGUUUCCACUGGAAAAGCAUCAAAGUUAUCUGUGUCUCAGUCAGAGAAAGACAACUCUGCUAAGCCUGCAAGAAGUAGCUCAGCAAUGCGGCCUUCCAUGCCCAACGCACACUCAUCCUUCACCCAUUUCUCUAACAGCAGGCAAACAGCACUCCUCAACACCAGCACAGCCUCCGUCACUUCCAAGCCUUCGACGCCCGGCCAUCGGUCGAACACAAAGAUGACUCCGUUCACGCCCUCUCGAUCAUCCCCAUCACGGUCUUCACAGAAUAGUAGGCCUUCUUCGCCAACUGUUCGACCUCAGAUCGGCUCCAUUGCUCCGAGCACCAGCUCGACCGCCGCAGCCGCAACUCGAACCAACUCCCGGCCAUCGACUCCUACUCGUCGUGCAUCAGCAGCAGCAGCAGUAGCCUCUGCAAACAUUCGAAGCACCUCCCCGGCACCACGAGGCCGAGCUCAAACACAAACGAAGCCGCCUGAGCGUGCCAUAUCCACCGGCAGGCAACGACGACCAGGAACAGCGUCGACGCAGUCUUCCUCGCCCCUCGUCAGCAGAGGCAGGCUUCAAGAGAACACAUCGAACGCUCGGUCGAACCAUAAGUUGAUCACGGCAUCGGAGACCGCAGCCCGGCGAGCCACGAAGCCAGCUCUCAAGAACACCACGGACAUCAAACAAAGCACGGGUGGCAUCCGCGGGACCUCCCCCUUCCCUCAGAGCACUCGCUCCGCCGCCCAAAAAGGCCGGCCUGGUCGUUCCUCGGAGCUGGGAGGUUCAACUUGUCGCAGUGUAGCUCAUCAUGUUGAUGCGGCCGUUUCAGAUGAUGACAGUCGCAAUGGAGACAUCUCCAAUGGCUACAAUGGAUCAGUUCUGGGCAACCAAGACAUUGCUGUUCCAUUGAAAUCUGCAUGACAACCAUUGGGAUCAUAAGAUAUAAAAGAUCAAAUGAAGCUUCCUUGGGUAAGUCUGAUCAUGGCUACAUUGAUGAAUAUAGAUAUCAGUAGAUUGUGUGAUUCAUGUCCACCGAAUCCAAACACUCCUUGAGUUUGAACAAUUGAGAUGAAUAAAUCACUGCUACACUUUUUAUGCCCAAAUUGUGAUAUACUAAU